AUUCACUUACACGAUUUACCGGUGUCGUGUUUACAUCUACUUUUGAAUUGUCAAAUUCUGUAACAUCCAAGUUUGCUUUAGUUUUGAAUCGUUCUUUGGUGAGAGGAAUGGUUCAUUUUGGUUUACGGAUCAUCGAUGUAGUUUUGAAAAACGAUGCGAAAUCUAAAGUUUCUCUGUCUAUUCCUAAUAACUCGGUUAAGCUCAGUUCUCGUGGUUCAAACUUGGUUCGUGCCUGACGAGUACUGGCAAAGUCUUGAAGUUUCUCACAGAUUAAGUUUUGGCUAUGGGUAUUUAACUUGGGAAUGGUUUGAAGGGAUAAGGUCAAUAAUCUAUCCUGCUGUUUUUUGUAUUCCAUAUAAGAUUUUGGCAUACUUGGACUUAGAUUCUCGGCAAGCAUUGAUCUAUGUUCCCAGAGUCAUUCAGGCAUUAUUCAGUGGAUGGGUAGAAUGGAGCUUCAUGAAAGAAACCAAAAGUGUUCUAAAUGGGUCUCAAGUUUCAUGGUUUGUGUUGCUGGAACUGGGAAACUAUUUCCUGUACUAUGUCACAUCACGAACUUUGGCCAACACACUUGAAAUGAAUUUGAUCCUAUUAGGUAUUUCAAACUUUCUCAGCCAGUGUAAAGGUUCAUUUUUACUGUGUGUGAUGAUUUCUUGUUACAUACGACCUACAUCUGCCCCCAUAUGGCUUCCUUUUCUAUUGCACUUCUUCCAGCAAGAAAAGCGUUGGAUUUUUUCUAAAACUUUUCUUAAGGUUGUGCUUAAAUGUUCAUUAGUUCUAGGUACUGUACUUGGCCUAGACUCAUGGUGGUAUGGAAAACUGGUUCUUGUACCGGUUCAGUUCUUACUGUUCAAUGUAGUGAAUGACCUAUCCCAGUUUUAUGGUGAACAUUCAUGGCACUGGUAUUUUACAAAUGCCCUGCCUUCAUUAAUGGGCCCGACCCUCAUCCCUUUAGUGUUCACAUUUAGUAAUAAAAAAACGUCAAACUUCAUUGGAAGCAAAGUCAUUACAGUUCAACUCUCUGCUCUUCUUUACAUUUUGUGUCACAGUUUCGUGGGUCAUAAAGAGAUUAGAUUCCUAACUCCAAUAAUUCCGCUUCUUAAUUUUUUGGCAGCGAUUAAACUACAAACUUUAAAGUGGCGGAAAACUUUUCUUGUACUGUUUUGUACUUGGAAUAUUUCUUUGAUGUGGUAUUUAAGCGUAAGGCAUCAACGUGGUGUGUUGGACGCAACCAAUUUUAUCGGAUUAUUCGUCAAUCCAGAGGAUAAAGUUUUGUAUUUAAUGCCAUGUCAUUCUACGCCACUGUACAGCCAUCUACAUGUUAACGCAUCCCUGCAGUUCCUGACCUGUCCACCAAAUUUACAGCACCUAAAGCAUUAUAUUGACGAAGCCGACAGAUUCUACGAGAAUCCAAGCAAGUGGUUGGUCGACAAUCCAUCUUGGGCACUUGCGAAAUACGUUGUCAUUUUUGAUGCUUUGCUCGAUAGUAUUUCAUCACAUCUCGAUUCCAACGGCUUCCACCUUAUUCGUAAUUUCUUUCACGCGGACAUGGACCAGGGACGUGUAGGGCGCCGUGUUCUCGUUUUUAAAAGAGAAUAAUAAACAUUUUCAGCUCAAUA